GUGGUGGGUGGAGUGUUCCUGGCCAUGCCUGCUGUGUUGAUCACGUUUUGUUUUUGUUCCCACUUGAUUUGGGGGCAAGUGUGUUCCAAGAUGCCUCUUCUCACUUCAUAAACGUGCGGUGCAAUGGGAAAUGGGCAUUUCAAGGCCAAUAAAAGCCACCACAUCAAAUGAAACAUCGCGGAUCAAAAGAACCAACGCAUGGGCAUUUUUUCCUUCUAUAAAUUAAAAAGGGGGGCAAGUCUGCCACGCUUGAUCAUGCCCCGAGUCCUGCCCCGCUCCUGCGAUUGGCUGGACGGACGCACAAGGGGGGAAAGUUUGAAUAAAAUACAAGAGCAUGGCACGAGUGUUGUUGUGCGGGGCUUGUGCGCUUGGAUUCUGUCAGACAGAUGAGCGAGGAGUGCAGCCUGAAAUACAUCCACGGAAUCCAGCGGACGCUCGUGACUGAUGUCUAGAGGACUGGUGAUUUGAACUGACAUCACAUCUGUGCACACUCGGAGCAGCGGAUGCGUAAACGCUCAUUCUUAGCUCCAUUUGUUUAUUUAAAAAGAAGAAACUUUCUUAAAAGUUGCUUUUGGAGAACAGGCGUCUGAGCCGAGGAUAGGAUGACCGCAAUGAGAGUGCUUUCAUCAGUGCUGCUACUGGCGCUGAUGCAGUCCGGAGCUCAUUGCGCACGGAGGUUCCGCGGCGGCCGCAACCCACAACCACGGCGCACACCACCACCUCCUCCUUCUUACCGGUCCGACCGGGGUGACACCACGGAGAGCUUCCCUCUGGAUUUCACCGCCGUGGAAGAGAACAUGGAUAACUUCAUGACACAAGUCAAGAACCUGGCGCAGUCCCUGUACCCGUGCUCGGCGCAGAAGCUCGACUACGACAUGAAGCUGAACUUUUUGGAAAAUACGUCAGUCACCUGCAACGACGGAAGUCCUGCGGGGUACUACCUGAAAGAAUCCCGAGGCAGCAGACGGUGGUUGAUCUUCUUGGAGGGAGGUUGGUACUGCUUCAAUAAGGAGAACUGUGACAGCAGAUAUGAAACCAUGAGAAGGUUGAUGAGCUCAUCCAAGUGGCCCCAAACCAAAAAAGGCACGGGAAUCCUGUCUCCACUGCCGGAGGAAAACCCGCACUGGUGGAACGCCAACAUGGUGUUUAUUCCUUACUGCUCCAGUGACGUGUGGAGUGGCGCUACAGCCAAGACUGAGCAGAGUGGCUAUGCCUUUAUGGGCUCACUGAUCAUUCAAGAGGUGGUGAAAGACCUGCUGACCAAAGGUCUGGACAACGCCAAGGUUCUGCUCCUGGCUGGGAGCAGCGCUGGUGGCACCGGGGUCCUGCUGACCGUAGACCGAGUGGCAGAACUUCUAGAAGGUCUAGGGCACACAGGGAUACAAGUGCGAGGUCUGUCAGAUUCCGGCUGGUUCUUGGACAACAAGCAGUAUCACUGCCCAGACUGUGUGGACACUGUCACUUGUUCCCCCACGGAGACCAUCAAAAGAGGCAUCAAGUACUGGGGAGGAAUGGUGCCUGAGAGAUGCAGGCAGAUCCAUCCAGGGGAGGAGUGGAACUGUUUCUUUGGAUACAGAGUGUUUCCAUCCAUUAAGAGUCCAGUGUUUGUGGUCCAGUGGCUUUUUGAUGAGGCCCAGUUGACAGUGGACAACAUCCAGCUCACAGGUCAACCUGUGCAAGAGGGUCAGUGGCGCUACAUCCAGAAUCUGGGUAUAGAGCUAAGGAACACCCUCAAAGAUGUGCCGGCCAUGUUUGCACCAGCAUGCCUAUCGCAUGAGGUCAUCAACAGAAACUACUGGAUUGACGUGCAGGUUAAGGGCACCUCCUUGCCCCGAGCUCUGCACUGUUGGGACCGGAGUCUCCAUGACAACCGGAACAACAAGGCCCCGCCCAAAGGCUGCCCUGUGCAUUUGAUUGACAGCUGCCCGUGGCCCCACUGCAACCCCACCUGCCCCACCAUCAGAGACCAGUUCACAGGGCAGGAGAUGAAUGUGAUUCAGUUCCUAAUGCACAUGGGCUUUGAUGUGCAGAAGAUGGCUCAGCAGCAAGGCAUGGACCCCAGCAAGCUACUGGGCAUGCUCAGCAGCGGCAGCUAAAGGCACACACGCUUACGUGCCCAGUAUCUCCAAGCUAAGCCCGAGCAGGGUCGCCUGGUCUCUGUGGCCAGACUCCAAUGCCUAAUACCUCCAUAACCAUCCACUUUCACAACCUAUUCACCUUUGUUCCUCUCUAGGCUCCAGGUUUCUAUAGUCACAACCUCAGUCAUACAAAGGGGGCUCACAUCCGCCCCCCACUCCUCUACUCUAAUGUAUGAGUUAGAGAUGCUGGGAAGGGCGAUUGCGGGGCGACACGUCACGACAAGGCACAACUUUCUGCUACUCCUCCAUUUAAAUUAUCUUUUGCUUUGUAAAAGAAAAAAAAUAUCACAAUGCAAUCCAGUUUUAAGGAUACUCAGUGAUGUUCUGUUCUAUGUUAUUUUAAUCCCUACGUAGAUUAUGUUUAGUCAUUGUUUGAAGAAAAAAAAGAAAAUAAGAAAAUGCCACAAUGGCAUAAGGAUGCUGUCUUUGUUAGUCACCACAGACUAUAUAAAGAUAUAAUAUUGUUAACAGUAACAUGCAGAUACUCAAAUAUCUCAAACAGGUUAGUUGAGGAAAGCACUGGAUCCAGAAGAACACAGAUCGCAGUGCUUUGAUAUUUGAAGCACUGGACUCAAUUUCAAGAAAAUUAUAUACCAAAUUUUUCAUAUUGUCUUUAUUUCAUUAUCAAAAGAGUGGCCACUAAUGCAUACUCCCUACAGCCUGGAAAACACAAUGAAAAACAAAUUAUUUCACAGUUUAAAAAAAACUCUAUGAAGCCAAAUAUUAACAAUUUCAAUAUUUAAACAAUAUGCUGCAUUAUUUAUGAUAUAAUAUAAUUUCCAUGUAUGUGCUUAUUGGCAUUGUUAACUCUGACACAGGCCAACACGCUCAUUAAAGAUAGAACAAGUAAAAAGACAAACACCUUAUUUAUUGUUGUGCCCCUACCCCCCGUAGACACAAGCCUUUUCUGACUGUGUUGGAUUCAAAGUGGCUUACACUCGAGAGCUGUGAACAUGCCGUCACGGUUGGGUUUCAGUCGUGCUCUGAAGCCCAUCGAGGUGCUUAGGCAGACCGCGGAACUGUUCUGAGGUCUGUCAUUAGCUAAACAUACACCACAGUGCCAUCACAUCUACUCUAUACCUCCGUAUGACAGGUCGCAUCAUCACCAGCCGACUUUUCAGACCCCAACCGGGGGGAAAUAUUCCCGUUAGGUCACCUCAGUAGAUCCUCCGAUCAAUGCAAUGAACAUUCAAAGGGAGAAAAAAAAAUACUGUGUAAUGUAUAUUUUUAUGACUAUUUGUACAGGUUCUUUUUAAACCCUGCAGCUCCCUUAUUGUAUUUCAUAUAGAGAUCACUUUUUAAUAUAAUGACAAUGUUGUAUGUAAUGUCUUUAUAAAUGAUUUUUUAAAGGACCUCUAUUUUUCAUCAGACCAGAGAAGCAAAGGUAUUACAAAUUGUAAUUUUAUUCUGUAACAUAUUUUUUUUAACAGAAACAAAAACUCAAGCUAUAAUGGCAAUUUGCAUAUUUAUUUUGUUAUGUAAAUCAUAUUUAUAAGUGCUAUUUUCACAGAGAAGUGAUUCUUUGUAAAUUGUAAAUACAUUGCUGUUUUCUUUUCUUUGUGUUGAUUGCAUGUCUUUGUAUUGGACCUGAAAGAAACGUCACAUUACAUAUAAAAGAAUAUUGUUGUUCA